AUGGCUUCAGCAGCAGCUAAUUUCGCAAAGAAAAUGCAAUCCCUGCGGGUUGAGGCCGAUGAACACCAAGCGAAGAGCGAGGAGCUUCAAGCUAAAGUCAAAACUCUCGAACAAGAAAGUCUAGCCAAGGAACAAGAGAUCACGUCUCUUACGCACCGCAAUCAGCUCCUCGAGGCUGAGGUUGAGAAGCUCGAGACUGCCCUCAAAGAGGCUAAAGACGCCGCUGGCCAAAUUGCACAGCACGGUCAGCAGAAUGAGAGUUUACAGCGGAGGUUGCAGCUCCUUGAGGAAGAGGCUGAGGAGGCUGACAAGACGUUAAGAGAAACCAAUGACAAACUCCGUCAGACAGAUGUCAAAGCAGGUCACUACGAGCGCAAGGUUCAGGCGCUGGAGGUCGAGCGCGAUAACUGGGAGACCAAGUUUGAGGAGAUGGCGAAGAAAUACUCAGCACUGCAAAAGGAGCUACAAGAACUGGAAGUGAGCAUGGGCAACAUUUAG